UGAAUUGGAUCUACCCAAAACCAAUUAACGUCCGUCAAAAGGUUCAUCGACUGAGGCUCAUCGGAAUCCGAUAUCGGCAACCUCCACUUACGGCGGCGAGGAACCUUCGAGAUCUUCGGAACUCGAAUUUCGACGAUGGAGUGGCUCCAAACUCUACCACCACCCUCUAACCUCUCACACUCCGCACGCUCCUUCCUCGACGGCAAAUUCCACACCAAAACCACCCUCGCCGGGGCUACCACUUUCGUCGCCGAGCUCCAAACUCAGUGCUCCGAGUUGGAUCGGGCUCUGGCCAAGUUGACUCUGCGACUUGGAACGGGUCUCGCCGCGUACGCCUCCUUCUCCGGUGAAAUUCACAGGCUCUUCGGCGACGUCACUGCUGGAUUGAACGCCAUCUCCUCCACUUGCUCCUCCAGCGUUGUGCCAGAGGGAGGAACAGGUGAAGGAGAUGGCAAUGAAGGGAAGGGUUUCAGAGAGGAACUUGCGACUUUGGCAAAGGAAGUGGCUAGGUUGGAGACUGUUCGUGUUUAUGCAGAGACAGCAUUGAAACUUGAUACUUUGGUUGGUGAUAUUGAGGAUGCUGUGUCUAAUGCCAUGAACAAAAACCUAAGGAAGCAUUCUUCUAACCAAAAUUCAGAAGAAGUGCGUUUGGUUGCUGCUACUAAAACGCUUAAGAAGACUGAAGAAAUAUUAACUUCGAUUACAAAGACACACCAUCAAUGGAAGCAUCUUGUAUCAGCGGUUGAUCAUAGAGUAGACCGAGCUCUGGCCAUGUUAAGACCCCAUGCAGUUGCUGAUCAUCGUGCACUUCUUGCUUCGCUUGGAUGGCCCCCACCUCUUUCUUCUUUAACCUCCUCGCACUCAGAUGCAAGGAUUGGGAACCAAGUCUUGAAUCCUCUAAUGAGCAUGCAAGCGAAUCUUAAACUCAAGUACACUGAAAAUUUUCUUGCUUUGUGCCACCUACAGGAGUUGCAAAGGCAAAGGAAAUGUAGGCAACUUAAGGGCCAUCACAGGGAAGUUGCUCUACGACAACCACUUUGGGUAAUUGAAGAGCUUGUGAAUCCCUUGACAUUGGCUUCGCAGCGACAUUUCUCAAAAUGGGUUGAUAAACCAGAAUUCAUUUUUACUCUUGUAUAUAAGAUCACAAGGGAUUAUGUGGACUCUAUGGAUGAAAUGUUGCAACCAUUGGUCGAUGAAGCAAAUCUAGUUGGCUAUAGUUGCAGAGAAGAAUGGAUAUCAGCAAUGGUAUCCUCUUUAUCCACAUACCUGGCAAAAGAAAUUUUCCCUAGUUACAUUAAUCAACUAGAUGAGGAAAGUGUGACAGACAUUCAGUCAUCUGCUAGAAUAUCAUGGCUGCAUCUCAUUGACUUGAUGAUAGCUUUUGACAAAAGGAUUAAGUCUUUGGUAGAGUGUUCUGGGAUUUCGCUAUCCUUUGAUGAUGAUGAUAUCUUGCAGAGAAUUUCUUCUCUAUCCGUAUUUUGUGAUUGUCCUGAGUGGCUUGAUCAAUGGGCAAAAAUAGAGCUAGCUGAUGCCCUAGAUAAGUUGAAACCAGACAUUGAAAAUGAGAAUACUUGGAGAAGGAAAGUUGAAGUUGUAGUUCUUUCGUCAUGUACUGAUGAUCACAAGUCUCCUCUUAUUUCCAGUGCCUUUCUUCACCAGCUAGCAUCUGUUGUUGAUCGUUGUCGUUCAUUGCCUAGCAUUACUUUGAGGUCAAAAUUUCUCAGAUUAGUAGGUGUGCCUAUUAUAAGAAAGUUUUUUGAUUCCAUACUUAUCCGCUGCCAAGAAGCUGAAGGAUUGACUGCCUUGACUGAUGAUGAUGCUGUAACUAAAGUUGCAAUUUCCAUCAAUGCUGCACAUUACUUUGAAUCAGUUUUGAAGGAAUGGUCCGAGGAUGUCUUUUUCCUGGAGAUGGAGAUGGGGAUGGAUGAGGAUGAUAAACCGGAAUUGUCAAGUAAUGCUAAUACAGAUGAAGGGUCGCCAGAGAGUUCCAGGAGAGUUAUCUUUGAUGAAGAGAUAAAAAAGAUAGAAGAGUUCAGAACUGAGUGGGUUGAAAAGAUAUCUGUAGUUAUUUUGAGAGGAUUUGAUGCUCGAUCUCGAGAAUAUGUGAAGAAUAAAAGGCAGUGGCAAAAGGGUGAAGAAGGAUGGGCGGUGUCAAAGACACUGAUAGAGGCCUUGGAUUACCUGCAAGGUAAGAUGUCGGUUGUAGAAGUAGGUCUAAAUAGUAAAGAUUUUGUUGGGGUUUGGAGAAGUUUGGCAGCAGGGAUUGAUCGAUUAAUUUUUAACGGUAUUCUUAUAAGCAAUGUAAAAUUUCAUAAUGGUGGUGUUGAAAGAUUUAGUAGUGACUUAGAUGUUUUAUUUGGGGUAUUUGGGUCAUGGUGUUUGAGGCCAGAAGGUUUUUUCCCAAAAACAAGUGAAGGUCUCAAGUUGUUGAAAAUUGACGAAAACAGAGUGCAAGAGUGUAUGGCAGGGGGGACGAGAUGGUUGAAGGAGAAUGGGAUCAGACACUUGAGUUUAACUGAAGCAGAAAAGGUUCUGAAGAGUAGAGUAUUCACAACUUGAGGCUUUUUGCUUACUCUUUUGCACAUGCACAGCAAAAAUGGCAUAGGGACAGGAGUGAACAUUUUUAUAAGGGGUGUUUCUUGGUGUACAUGACUGUAGUCCAGCUGAACUAAUUCAAUUUUUUAAAGUUGCAAUAGUACUUUUUUUCUUUUUUCGAUUUGAAUAUUCUCAGUCAUUGCCUUAGAUACAACAUACCUCAGAUCUGGGGCGAGAUUGCUAUUCGUGUACUUCAUUGUCAUUUUUACACUGGUAUUUGAAUUUGAAAUGAACAAGGACUUUGCCUAA